AUGUAUGAUUCAUCUAAAAAUAUUUUAUCAAAAAAAAAUGAAAUAAAUAAAUCAUUUUGUCGAGAAAUAAUCUUUCAUGGAAAAGAAAUUUUAUCUUAUUGUACAACAUCAUCACUUCAUUUAAAUGAAAAAAAUAAUCAAACAUUAUCUUGUCUUUCAGUAAAAGAUAUUGUUUCAGUUUAUUUUCCAUGGUCAUCAAUUGAAAAAUUUAUUCAAAUAUGUGGAAAAAAACGAAUAACAAGAUUUAAACCAGAUAAAUCAACAGAUUAUGAUUCAUCACUUCGUCUAGUUAAUAUUCAAGAAUUAGAAAAUCAUUGGAGUUUUAUUAUUAAAGAACUUCUACCAAAUACACAAACAAAUAAUGAUUAUCAAAGUAAUCAAUUGGAAAAAGAUAAAUUAUUGGAUGAAAGUUCAUCAAUUGAUAUUCCAAAACUAAGUAAAUCUAAUGAAAUAUUCGUAUCAAAUGUAAAUGUUGAACAAGAAAAAGAAAGUAUUGAAUUGUCAUUAAAAGAAAAUGUUAUUGAUAAAUAUUUACCAAAUAAUAAUGAAAAUUUACAUCUAUUAAAUAUAACAGAAAAUGGUAAAACAAUAAAUGAUUGUUUAAAUACAAUUCAACAAGAUAUUUCAUUAGAAAAUCAACAAGAUUCAUCAAUAAUAAAUGAAGAUGAAGAAAAGAAUUUGUCAAAUAAAAAAAAAACUAAAAAGAAGACGUCGUCAAAUUCGAUUAACUUCAUAUAG